AUGUGUUCCAAACUUUAAUAUUAUAUAUAUAUAUAUAGAUAUAUAUAUACAUAAGUAUGUUAGUUAAAUCUUAACCGGUAGAGAGCGCAAAGUAUCCAACGGUAACUGACUUAACCUAAACAGAAUACUGGUGAUGUUUGAUGUGCUAACAGGUGUUAUCGUAAGCAACACACGAUGAACGGAACACUUUUCUUACUACUUCUUAGCUGCCUAAUUACUUUGGACUUCGUGAAUGCAUAUAUUGAUCAAAAUGAAGAUUUACGGGAACAGUCAGGAAUUAAUCUUCUAGAACUGCUCCGCUCCUAUGGAGAACGAGGAAGGGAAAACCGUAGGAAUAUUGAUAACGAUCUGGAAACAUGGACUGGGAGAUGGAUGCCGGAAAGAAUAAAUGAUCCUACUCCGCCUCCUAAAAUAUUACCUAAGAAUGAAUAUUCGCAUGAUGAUUAUUCACAGAAUUUUAUAAAUACAAUACAUAUGGGUAUAAUAUCUACACAAUGCGAUGACGCUAAGACAAAUUUAACGAUUGAUUGGGAUGGAUCACCGGAAAAUUAUACUUGUUAUAAUAGACGCUUUAUACCUAACACAAAAGUAAUUCCUAUAGUAUACUGUGAAAAUGUACCGACAGCAUACGUGGCUGCUCAUAAAUGUAUGAACGAGAAGAUAGAAUAUGACAGUAAUUUACCACUUUAUGGAACGCAUAGACCAUUGUGGCCUGUUUACGGAGAAUAUAAAUUUUUACCAAAACAAAGAUGGCUUCAUAGUAUGGAGCAUGGAGCGGUUGUUAUGUUAUAUCAUCCAUGCGCUAAUCCAUUAGAAGUGAAGCGUUUGAAAUCUUUAAUUAAGAGUUGUCUUCGGCGACAUAUUAUAACACCGUACAAUUAUAUGAAUAUAAAUAGACCUCUAGUAUUAUUAACAUGGGGUUGUUCAUUGACAAUGUCGUAUGUCAAUCCUACAGUAGUAAGACACUUUAUUCGUGAAAAAGCUCUACAUGGUCCAGAACAAUUAUCGGAUGAUGGACAAUUUCAAGAUCAACUUCUUUCUAAAGCAAAGAUCGUUUAUGAUAAAGAUGAUACCAUAAUUUGCCCCUAAUAAAUGAACGACGUGCAAUAUUUUUCAUGAGAUUACAAUAUAUUACAUUAAUUUUUGACUAUAUAUAUAAUAUUUAAUGCAACUUUUCGAAAAUUUUAUAUAUAUAUAUAUAUAUAUAUAUAUAUCCUAAUAUUUGGCCUUACAUUUUAAGGAUUCAUUUCCAUGUACUUUCAGCAUUUUAAUAAUUAGGCUUUUAGGAUAGUAAAAUUAAUUUUAAAGCACUGGCUGUGUAAUAAAAUUUAUAUUAUUUUCUUAAUAAAUUGUAAUACAUGU